UUUUGGCAUUCCUUUUCGCAGCCCUGAGUAUAGCUUCGAAGUAUUCCCAGUCCCUUUUACCUCUCUCGGGUCAGCGAAAUACAAAGCACGGUAUACGGUACGUACUUACACUCAUGCGCUGGCUGCAUGUAUGUAUGCAUGUGUAGCGCUGCUGAAACGUAAACAACAUACCGUAAUCGGCCGAUGUCCUCAGUGGUUACCGUACAAAAUGUGGGCAGUUGUCACAAAGAGGUUAACCCUAUUCUGACUUGGCUUUUUGAAAACAAGUGUUGACUGGGGGUUUGCUGGGGGAUGAGGGUCUACAUCUAAUGUUUCUGCCCAGUUUCAUUAACACAUCCUUUGUAUUUAAUCCUAUAUUUUAACAGAUUGGGCUACCUGCUACUCAACGCUCCAAAAUCAAACUGUGCCAGUGCUCUGUUGUACACAGUUGAACAGUGCAUGAUCGUGUCUUGAGCAUCAUCAUGUUGUGUCUUGUGAUUGGGGGAUGUGGAUUCUUAGGUAGACACAUAGUUGAAUCUCUACUGGUCAAAGGACACACAGUUAAUGUCUUUGAUAUCAGAAAAACUUUUGAGAAUGACCAGGUGAGAUUCUUCAUUGGUGACCUGUGUAGCAAAAAGGAUCUGAGUCCAGCAUUGAAGGAUGUAGAGGUUGUUUUCCAUGUUGCAUCUCCAUCACCACUCAGUAAUAACAGAGAGCUAUUCUACAAAGUGAAUUAUACUGGAACCCAGAAUGUGAUAUCAGCUUGCAAAGACUUUGGUGUCAAGAGAUUAGUACUAACAAGCAGUGCUAGUGUGGUAUAUGAGGGUGCUGAUAUCAAGAACGGUGAUGAGUCUCUACCAUAUGCAAAGGAUUUUGUAGAUGCCUACUCAGAAACAAAAAUACUUCAGGAAAAGGUUGUAUUGGAAGCGAACAACCCAGCUGAUGAUUUCUACACAGCAGCCAUUAGACCACACUCUAUCUUUGGACCUGGGGAUGUACACAUGGUACCAACAUUGGUCCAGACUGCUAAAGCUGGCAAAACAAAAUGUAUGAUUGGGAAUGGUGAAAACUUGGUUGACUUCACCUACGUGGAUAAUGUUGUUCAUGGUCACAUCCUGGCCGCUGAGAAGCUUCUAUUACAUCCAGAUAGUGUAGGAGGCAAGUCAUUCUUCAUCACCAAUGAUGAACCUGUUCCAUUUUGGUCGGUCAUGACUCGCUUUCUAGUCGGCCUUGGCUAUGAUGCUCCAAAGUACCACCUCCCCUUCUGGCUCAUUUACUACAUCUCUCUCAUCAUUCAAUUUAUCUGUACCCUACUCAAGCCAUUCAUUAACAUCAAUGUCACCUUCACACCAAUGAAAGUGGCUAUAGCAGGGACCUACCAUUACUACAGCUGUGAACGGGCCAAGAAACUCCUAGGAUACAGGCCUAUUGUUAGUCUGGAUGAAGCCAUUCAAAGGACAGUAGAGCACUUUGAGUAUCUCAGAAAAGGAAAAUGAUAUACAUGUAGCUUAGGGUCAAGUAACUUGGACUUGUGGUAUGAAUGUUAAGAAUGUCAUUCAAACGACAGAAGAUUAUGUUGACUAAUCAAGAAGGAAAUGUAUUGAUGCAAUGUUUUGCUAUAUAUGAUAUUUAUCAAAUGUAUUGGGGAAAGAAUCGUUCUGUCAGGUAACUUGUAAAUUUGUUAAUUGACCUAAAUAGAUAUGAACAGAAUGUCAAUGCCAGAUUAAAUUGUGACCAAACUUUUUAUUGAAAUUAACAGGCCUUGAAUUUCAACAUUUUAAGUUAAGGACAAGGCCAUUUUCUUUAGGGUACACCUAUAUAUUACAAAACAGAAAACGGGGCUCAGCAAAUCUUCAAGGUCAAUGAAAAGGACAUCUUGGUGUUGACCUUGGAUGACCUUGGACUGAUAUAAGACCUGAAUUAAUUUAUCAUAAAUGUUCAUGUAGUAAGUCUAUGGACUUUGAACCACAAGGUCUGGGGUUCAAAUCCUGCCGCAACAUGUGCAUCCUUUGGCAAGGCAUUUACCUGCAUUUGCUACUCUCCACCCAGGGGUAGUAAGUGGUUACCCAGUAGGAAGGACGUUCUUGAAUGCUCGAUGCCCCUGAACAGGGUAGCCGUGCUAAAGCCAGGAUAAUAGUAUGCAGCGCUUAGAAAAAAAUUGUAUUAAGCGCUAUGUAAAUGUUGCAUGUUAUAAUUAUUAUUGUUCAAAUCUCAUCCGAUUCCAAGUUAAAUUUAAAACCUAAUGCCUGUUAAUAUCGUAAACUUCCUCUCCCAAUGAUUUGUGUUGUGUAUUCAUGUUUUAUUUCAUAUUUUUUUCUUUACUGUGUAUUAUGUUAAACGGUUAGGCGCCUCGAGCAUUCCUUGGAAUGGUAUGUGCACUUAAAAGAUAUGAUUAUUACUAGUGUAUAAACAAAUAGUUGUCACUUUAUUGAUGGCCCAGUUUGUCAGUAGUUGGCUCAUCAAUUUCAUUGAAUAGUUAAUCCUGUGUAUGACAAAUAAAAAAAUCUAAAUAAUUACCUCAUUCUUCUACAUGUAUGUACUGAAGAAGCUGAAUAUUGACUUGAGUGAUUGAAGGAAGUUAUUAACUUUGUCCAUGAUUGUGAAAAUUACGAUGACUUAAAUGCUAAUUCAAAUCAAUAGUUAAGCUCAGAGUUAUCUCAUGGGCAAGUUUAUUCAAAUUGCCUUUCCUUUCUUUCGUUAGGAUAGUCAAAUUUCAAAGCAAGAUUUUGGGCCAGAUGCAUAAAAAGUAGCAAUUGCUGACAAGCACUUGCUUCAAACACAAGCAAUAGCUAGCCAAGCAAAAGAUCAUACCUCAGCAAUUGCUUUAUUUCAUAUGCAUAACCUUUUGCUAGUGCUUGAAACCUUUUCUUGCCUUUAGAAAGCAAUUGCUAGCGGUUUGAACAAUAGCGACGUCUCCCUGGUCUGAACGCUACUCACAGCAAAGGCAGAGUUGAACGCAAAGGUGUGGCAGUGCAAAUUACUGCUUCUCUCCUAUAACACCUCUUCCUCAGACGUGUCAAGCUAAGUUUCUUUUUGAUAAAUUUAUAUAUUUGGCAUUUGAUUUGCACUUUUUUGGAAGAACACAAGUACAUGUAGGUUAUGGUACACCUUGGGGUUCUCUCUCAGGUGCAUAAACAUGACAAAAAGUUGAGAAUUCCCUGAUCAAGCAAACACACAAGCUGCUCUAAA